GUAUUCCAUUGCCUCUAUUCUUCUCCCCUUGCGACUACCAUGGCCAUUAUGCGUACUCGUCUCUCCGCGUCGUCCUGACUUUUGUGUCGCGACCAACCUUGCACGACAAGUUACGAGAGCAGAUCGGCCCACCAAGAGCGGAUGCGGAUGGACAAGGCCCUCGAAUCGCUGUGGUGUGGGGCAUAGGCGGGGUCGGAAAAUCCCAACUCGUCCUCGACUACCACCUACGACACCGACACGAAUACAGCGCAAGCUUCUGGGUCGAUGCGAGUCGGAAGCAAACAAUCGACCGAGACUUCCUUGCCAUCUCCAAGGUUCUCUUCAACGUGCCUGACAGCACCAAGGACGAUGUCCGGGUCGAAGAUGCAAUCCUCGCCGUCAAAAAAUGGUUUAGUGGCGGAAGUGGCCGCUGGAUAUUCGUCUUUGACGGUGCAGAUAACAUCGGCGAACCUGCAUUAGAGGGGAAUGUCGAUAUCACUCAUUACUUCCCAGAUGUGUCUAGCAUCGACAUUAUUCUGGUCAGUCGCAGUGGCCGCGUCGCCAAAAUGGUACACGAGCCCGUGCGAGUCGCAGAAUUAGAAACGGAGCAGGCUAAACACCUUUUUUUGGCCCGCGCUGGGCUAGGACCGACUAUUGCCAGAGAUGCCAUUGCAGAGGAGAUUGUCACUACCCUCGGCUGCCUUGCCCUCGCAUUGAGCCUAUCCGGCACGUAUGUCUCCAAAACUGCGCGACUGAAGAAGAACCUUGACGAGUACCUCAAGGAGUAUCGCCAACGGAGGAAACAAAUUCUAUCUCGAAAGCCUGCGCUAGUCAAGGAGUACGGAGAGAGUGUUCUCACCACCUGGGAAACAACAUACGAUGCUAUCGUGCAAGGUGGGG